CUCCAUUAGCGGUUGGUUGAUUGGUAAAGGCGUGCAUGUAUAUAGAACACAAAACCGCCCCCAUGUUGCAGCACACUAGUUUCUUCCACACAACUGUGCGUUACCAUUGCAGUGCAACUAUAUUUCGCAGAUCACCCUCCUCUGAGGCUUCUAGUCCAAAGUACGUAGCUACCUCUAUGUAAUAAACUAUUGAAUAUCUUGAUACCCCAAUUCCUUAUCCCAAUUCCGGGGCUUUGUUAACUUUAUGCGUUCCCAAUGAUGGGAGCUCUUACUCUGGAUCUACAUCUUACGAGAGGGAAGUGAGCCUCGAACAGCAACGUCUCGUGAGACAAAGCUCAAAAGAUUCGGAAAAUGGGCUUCAUUACCAAAGCACGCCUGAUUUAUCUGGAGCAACUGAGCUUUCUUCGGAGGUUCGUCGAUAAUGGACAGCGUUAUCAAACAAUUUGAAAACCGGAUAUUUCAAUCGGACAAUUUAUUUCCUUCGUGGCUCGAUUCCGAUCCUCCUUCCCUCAGUACAGAAACCCAGGAAAGCGCGCCAAACAUGUCUCCAGAGGAACCGCCGAUUGAUAUCUUUUCCGGUCAUCUUGAACCCUUUGGGAAUUUAUCUCAUGAGGAUGUUGCGGGCCGACUGUUUACCGGUUCAACUUCAAAGAAGCCCAAUCUCUUAAACCCAACGAAUUUGAAUCCUGCCUUUUCUGUAUUGCCACCAUUCGACGCAGUAGAUCCAUAUACUGAGCUCAGUGGGCCCUCAAGUAAUAAGGAAGACACUUUUUUGAAGCUGAAUUCAACGAGUGCCGACGAGCAAAUCGCAUUCACCUCGACGACACAAGGAGACUUGAGUCCAGGGUGGAAUCCUGGCAUGGAUAGUACGGGAAUUAAUGAUUCUGACAACAAACUGGAAAAUGUUACCAGACAGAAGAAUUCUGAAAUAGAAACUUCUCAAGAAGCUCUCGGAGAUCGCCUCAAUCAUUCAUUAUCAAGUCCGUUACCAAGUGCAUGUAGCUCGCACCCGUCGAACCUAGGUAACUCGAGCAACGUAACCGAAUACGACUCGAUGAACUCAAGUGACUUUGAAGACGAGUUGAAUUGGGUAGAUCACGGCGUCCUCCAACCACUUAUAUCACCCAUAUUAGACGAACUACUGCAGAAAUAUUUCAAGACUCUUAGUCUGUCUAGAUAUCCGCUAAACACAACUCCUUCCGGAAGCACGCCAUCACGCCAUCAAAAUCCCGCAACGACUCAGCAACACGGCGAAUCUGCCAGCAAAGACGCAAUACCUCUACCACGUGGUAAGAGGGGUUACAAAGACAGUAACCAGCAUCAAUCGGGAGAUGAAUACGAAGAUGAAGACAAAAAUCCAAGGAAAAGAACUAGGUACCUAGAUCCGCCCAUCGAAGUUCAGCCGACUUUCUGGGCAUGUCCAUUUUCCAAAUGGAAACCGCUAUCCUAUCGUAAAUGCUGUCAGUAUAUCUUAAAAGACAUUUCCAGAGUAAAGCAGCACCUUCGUCGCUAUCAUGAGAGGCCACCCUAUUGUCCCGUCUGCUGGAAGGUAUUCCCGGAGGAGGAUGGGUUUGAAAGUCACAUCCAAAGCCGCACCUGUUCUCCGCGGCCUAAAGCGGAUCUAGAGGGCGUCACGUCAGUCCAGCAGAAGCAACUCGAGCGCCGUUCCGACAAGCAACUCACGAAGCGAAAGCAGUGGUACGCAAUUUACGACAUAUUGUUCCCAGGACAACCACAUCCGGACAGCCCGUAUUUGGAGAGCGACCUGUCUUCGGAAUUGUUGUCGUUCGAGAAGUUCAUGGCUACAGAAGGGCUCCAGAUUGUGGAGCGUGCGGCUCGGGAACACAUCCCGCACGAUCUGAUGCCGCUUCAGGACGAGGUGCUGGCUUUCUCGCAAACCUUAUAUCAGCAGGCCAUACCUCAGAUACUCAGAAGGUACGACGCCACGAGACCUGUUCAUAACAGCCCUGAUAUACUCAAGGGAUCCGGGUUACCGUCGGUGAGUGGAAAUGAUUGCGAUUCCGGGCGUGGGACCUUAUCCCACAUCAGCCACGAUAGGGAUAGCGGGGAUCCAGAGCAGGACAGACAGGAAGCACAAGAUCUCGCUAUGGCAGAUCGGAUUGACUGUACUGGUUUCAACUUGGCGCCGGGUGAUGACGCUCAGAUACAAGCGUUGUGGAUUACAGAUCAAGCUAUGGGGGACGCAGUCCAACCUCACGAUAUACACACCGUCGACACAAGCGUUCCAACAGGCCCCCAACAUCUUACACCUUACGCGCCUCUGGAUUCGCCGUCAGGUUUCACCUUCGAUAACUUCGACGAGCAGUUAUUCGCAUCAGGUGGGGCCGCAACGGGGCUCGGUGGCGGCCAAAACGGUAUUUGGGAUGCUGAUUUCAGCGCCACGCUUGGAAAUGAUGGGUUAUUGGCAUCGACAGGUCAAUUUUGAAAUUACUAUUAGAUCUAGAAUUACAGUCGGUGGUUUUAUGGAGAAAAUCUGGUUUUGGUGGCAGAUGAGAAUAGAUGGUCAGAUGCGGGACACGACGACCAUCUAUAGCAUAUAAGUUUUCUAGUUAACAGACAGGUACCUAAGUUAGUGGAAAUCAAAAAGGAUGGGAUGUGAUUAUCAGCAUUCUCGAUGAGGCUUUUAGAACAAGCGACUCCUUCGUUCCGCAUGAUAUGUCAUACGAACAAAUAUAAACGAUUGCUAUA